CCGCCAGCCAGCCAGGUAUCCCAUCCCACCCCACACCACUGCACACCACUCCACUUCAUUCCAUCCAUCAAUCCAUUCCUCUCGAUAAACACAACAGCAGGCAGACAGGCAGGCAGGCAGGCAGGCAGACAGGCAUCCUUGCACGUAUGCACGCAUGUAUGUCUCUCUCUCUCUCCGUCUAGUGGCUAGCCUACAUAAGAGGCAGCCGGCCAGCUACAUUAUAUUUCCUCCUGCUCCUCCUCGAGUGAGCCAUGGUCGCCUCUCUGGCCACCGAAGGACGCACGGCCAGGCCGACAACCCGCAGCAUCACCACCACUGCCCGUUGACGGCCCGGCGAUGUGCUCCUCGGACGCGUGAGGCUGCAUGGACUGGGAGUGGCUGCGGGAGGUCCGCUGCUCACCGGCACACUGAAAGGGGCAGGCAGGCAGGCAGGCAGGCAGCAAAAAUGGGAAUGUAUCUGUUGGUGGGUGGGUGGGUGGUGGGUGGAUGGUGGCUGACCGGGAGUGCGGAUGUGAGAAUGGGUUGUGCGUUAGAGAAUAGGAGGGAGGAGUCUUCGCCGAACAUGAUGCCGCCACGACGACGCCACUUGAGCUCAGACCUCUGACACAAUGCAGCACACAGAGAGAUCAGGAGCCGUUGUGUGUCGCAGCUUCUGUGUCUCUUGGUCGGCUCUCACCAGAGUGCGAAUGCUGUCGCGGGUGCGGUCAAGCUGAUGCUGCGGAACACACAAUAUUAUGCCGCACACACACAACGACACAUCACGUCAUGUCUCUUUUUUCUCCCGUCUGUCUCUCCCUGGUGUGUGCGUCACCAGCAGGGCCUUCUCCAUGGCUAUCGUCUCCUCAAGUCGGUCCUGCUCCACACACACGCAUGCAGGCCGAGAGGGAGGAUGAGACGGCCGUCUCUUUGCACCCACCCACCUUGAUCCUAUGAAUAUUCAUCUCUCCUCCGCCAUACCCGCCGCUCAACCCGCCCCUCUCCGUCUUCUCGCCACCCUUCAGCCCCUCCUUCUGCUCAGCCAUGCCAGUGACCAUGGUGGGCAUGGUGGCCGUGACUAGGUCGACCUUCUCCCACUCGCUAUCCUCCUGGUCCUCAACCAUGCUCGGACGAGUGCUGGGGGUCGUGUUGCUCUGACCAGACGGCACACGACGGGCCGCCGUGUUGAUGGUGGCGGACGCCGCUGCUGCGGCUGUGCUGGCAGGGUAUGUCGGUGGGAGUCGGAAGCCGGGGUAGAGUGUGUUGCGGUGUGGCGUGGGCGGGCUGUACUGGGCGAUGCUGCGGGCUGACGGGGGCUGGAAGGUCUGCACCUGCGCGUCACGGCUGCCCGACAUCAUAAUGCCGACCUGAUAGAUGGAUGGGAAGGAGACACAGAGGAGCAUCGCGGGUCAAUGGAUGGCCUGCGUCCCUGUCUGAUUACCUGUGUGCUUUGGUGGAUGAGGUCCGUCUGUGUCUCUGCAGCCACACCCACCAGACCCGCAGCUGUAGCCGCAGCAGCACUGGCGGAGCGGUUGUUCUGCUCAUAGAGUGUGUUGUAGAGGUCGGUAUUUUCAUUGGUGACCUGCGCCAGCUGCUCCGCCAGCAGACGCUCGCGAUCCGUCGGGCCGCUCUGCAAGUGACGAACCUAUACAACAACAGCCGCACCCUUGAGGACGGCCCGGUGGGCGUCGGUCAGCCACUGACCUGGUCUUCCAGUGCAUGCGUCUUUUCAGUGAGGGCGUCGAUGACAGUCUGCAGCUCCUGGUGGGUGAAUGGACAAGGGAAUGAGACACAGAGAGAGACAUGGAGGGACGGAGUGUGUGUGGUGAGUACCUCUUCGGUCUGUUGUUUCUUGUGUCGCAGGUCUUCGAUCUGCACCUUGAGCUCCUGGUCUUGGUCGCCACCACCUAGCACCAACUCCAAUCGCUGCAGACACAGAGAGAGAGAUACCCAGAUAGCACUAGUGGCACAUGAGGAGAGAGUGUAAGCCUGCCGUCUGCAGCUUGGCCCUCUCAGCUUCCAGGCUCUCGAUCUGCUUCGCCAGAACCGCCUACACACACACGUAUGCAACGGGGCAACAUGUGUGUGAACUGCAGUAGGCAGGUAUGGCGGUUGUCUUUCCUCUCUCUGCCCACACCACACACCUACCUCGUCCCGCUCGGUCUUCCUGAGCUGCUCUAGAUGUCUCGCCUCCGCAGCCGCAAGUUGCUGAACAAACGAACGAAGGAGACGCGAUAUCCGUGUGUGUGUGUUGAUGCCUCUGUAUCUUUCCCGCUGACCUCUCUAAGCCUUUCAAAUUCCUCCCCAUGAUCGCCGCCCCCACUCACCCCCUCCCCGUCUGCCGCCCCAGUGGUCUGCGUGACCGCACUGGCCAGUUCAGGUCUGCUGGCGAGCGUCUGCUGCAGCUGGUGCACCUCGUGCUGCAGCUGGUUCUGGAGGAUGGUCUUCUCCUGCUGCACGGCGUCCAGCUGGGCGCGGAUGCGCUGGAGCUCGUUGACCGCGUCGUCGUAGCGGUCCUGCAGCUCGCGGAUGCCAUGCUUCAGACGCUUCUCCGACUGCAUCCAUGGAUGGUACAUCCAUGUGAUGGGCAGAUGGACAGAAACUCUUAUGUGUGAGAGAGGUACCUACCUGUGUCCUCUCCUGUUUGAGUGUCUUGAUUUGUGCCUUGAGGUGAUCCUCGCUGGCCUCCCGUGUGGCCUUGAUGGUGGCCAACUCGCGACCGUGCUCCUCAAUAGCGCCCUCAAACUGAACACACACACACAUGAGACACACACAGAGACGUGGAUGUAUUGCAUUGUGUUGGGUGAAGACACCUCCUUUUGCAUUUUGGUCAUGGCGGCCUCGUGGGCGUCCCGGUGAGCCUGACGGACAGACAGGUGGAUGCAGAAGAAAUGACUGGAUGCCAUGAGGGGUGCGGCCCGGGGCAGUGCUGUCACCUGAGCCUCCGCUAGCUGGUCGAGAACACCCUGGUGUUGCGCCCGCAGCUGGGAGAGCUCAUCACCAGCAGACAAUACAUCAACCUGCGAAGCAACAACAUUGUCGUCAGUUUUCUGUUUGCGGUGGCGGUCGACUCUUGCUUGUCUCACCUGUCUGCCCUCGACACCAUCGGUGCCCUCUUGCGCGGCAUCGUUGGACAGUGUCUCCAGUUCUCGGAUCCUAUUCUUCAUGUCAGCGGCCCUCUGGCGAAGGUUGGCCACCUCGGCCUCCAGCAGCCCCCUCUCGAUCUCCCACACCGACAAAUCGUCUCCAUCCAUGCUCGUGAAGCUACAAUCAACAACACAACACAACACAACACAGCAACGGCAUUCACAGGCAUAGGGUAUGGUGAUUGUUGGUGUCGGAAUGCCGACCUAUCUCUCAGGUUUGGUUUUGUCUGCGCUAUCAUGAGUUUAGCCGGGGUCCGUGCAUCCGGCGAGGGGCGAGGGGGAGUGAACUCAGGCAUCGGAGGCAGCAACCCUGAAUUGAAUGCACACGGAGAAAAACACCCUGACCAUUGACACGAGGACAAUGCACCCUCGUUCGACUUACCUUUGCCAUGGGUGUGUUUCUGGCCCCCCUCCCCGUCGCGGCACGUCACUCCUCCAUCCCCUUCUCCCUCUGCCGCCCCCGCCCCCUCCACACGAGCCGUGUCCGGCCGCUCCCCCCUCACAUCGCACUGGCUCGCCCAACGCUGAGGCGACAACACCCCAAGCGACGCAAACGGCCCCCCAGCCCCCUUCCUCGGAGGACUCUCCGUGAACUGGCUGCUGGUGGAUGACGGACUGCCGUCCGGGAGCGCUGGCAACGAUGCAGACGGGGAGCCGAAGGAUGGGGCCUUGCCGAAGAGGAAUCGGCCGAGCGGCUGCGGGCCCUGCGGGAGCAGGGGGCGUGUGAGUGAUGAGUUGGUGGCCGCCACGGGAACAGAGGCCGUCGAGAGCGACGGGGAAACGCCAGACUGCAGCAUGUCGAUGGGCAGAUGCGAGCCAUCACCAUCCUUUCCACUAUCACCGCCACGUGAAGAACCUGUAAACAGAUCAGGGAAGAAGGAGGAAUGACAGAGAUCGGACACAUCAUAUUAUGCAAUAGACAAGCUUUCUGUCCCCACCAGCAGAGUCUGUGACGAGCCUCCUCAGCCCCUCGACGCCCUUGGCCAGCCCGCCCAGCGCCCCCUUGAACCCCACCCCUCCACCAUGCCUCUUGCCGCCGUCAUCCCUUCCCUGCCGGUGGUGCGGCCGGGCGCUGGAUGGCGGUGAGGAGCCCUCCCGCCAUGUGGGUGAGGCUGACAUGAAGGGAUUGCUGUGUGCAUGCGGCUGGCGGUCGGUGCGCGGCGAGAUGGCCAGGGACUGCCGACGGGCAUCUUCGAUGGAACGCUUCAGUGCAGAGAUCCAGCUGAAGGAAUGGAUAACAUUAGAUAACAUGGACAAUGCGGCCUUUCCUGCCUCCCUCCCUCCCUGCGGUGCGUAUGCUCACUUUUGUUUAUCUUCGAGCGUUUCAGCCGCCAGGAUGAUGACGUGGGUCUUGAGAGCGAGGGCGAACAUGUGGUCGAACGAGCCGCCCGUGGAGCUCUGCACCGCCCCGGUGGGCGGCAGGUCCACCGAUUCCACCAUCUUGCGGCUGUCGCCCUCACCGUCAUUGCCCUUGGUGAGCUGGUACAGCAUCAGGCGGUGGUCAUCAUGCAGCUCCCCGUACAGCAGCUUCCAUCGGAGGGACUUAGAGGACCGCUUGUACAGCGGGCCGUGCAUCUGGACACGGCCCGACAUGGUGGAUGGAUGUCCUUGCGAUGGAGUGAGAAGUGAAGUCACCUCUUGCUCGCCCUCUCG